CACAAGUUCUCGCACAUAUACAAAGUUAUCGAGCACAGCAAGAAGCAGCAUGACCAAAUCUGCUCUGCUCUUCUGCUUCCUCCUCUUGUUCGUCGGCCCUCCUCCUUGCUCCAUCGCUGCCGAUCCUGAGCUUCUUCAGGAUUUUUGCGUCGCGGAUCUAAACUCAAGUGUGAAGCUAAAUGGGUUUGCGUGCAAGGCGCCGGCGAACGUGACGGCGGCGGACUUCUUCUUCGCGGGGCUGGCGACGCCGGGCGCCACAAACAACACCAUGGGGUUGCUGGUGACGGGAGCCAACGUGGAGAAGAUCCCCGGCCUCAACACGCUCGGCGUGUCCCUGUCGCGCCUCGACUUCGCACCGGGCGGGCUGAAUCCGCCGCACACCCACCCGCGCGCCACCGAGGUUGUGUUCGUCCUCGACGGCGCCCUCGACGUUGGAUUCAUCACCACCGCCAACAAGUUAGUGGCGAAGACCAUCGGCAAGGGCGAGGUGUUCGUCUUCCCGAGGGGGCUGGUCCACUUCCAGAAGAACAACGGGGCGGAGCCAGCCGCCGCCAUCUCCGCCUUCAACAGCCAGCUCCCGGGGACACAGUCGAUCGCCGCCGCCCUCUUCGCGGCCAGCCCGACAGUGCCGGACAAUGUGCUCACCAAGGCCUUCCAGGUGGGGACGAAGGAGGUGGAGAAGAUCAAGAGCCGGCUAGUGCCUAAGUGAAACCAACGACGCUUGCUCGGUCGUUAAUAUUUCACUAAUUAAUCACAAAAUCGAACUUGAUUUAAUGUAAUAUUUUACUUUACUCGAGUGACGUAAAGAUGUGCGAAACUAAUAAUGACAGCGAAUGUGAAUGAUCGAGCACUUGGUACUUGAAUGAUUAAGAUACGACAAUUGUAUUAUGAGGGUCUUUAAAGGUAAUAUAGGAUCGA